AUGGUUUUGAUGAAUCCCAAAGGAGCAAUUGGUGUUGAGCAACGGACACUGAUUAUCACUGCAAUCGCGUUGAUGUUGAUCGUGGUGGUGCCAGUUAUCUUCAUGGCGUUCGCCUUUGCCUGGAAGUAUCGUUCUUCCAACAAAGACGCCAAGUACAGUCCGAACUGGGCCCACUCCAACAAGAUCGAAGCGGUCGUCUGGACCAUUCCUAUCAUUAUCAUCGCCAUCCUUGGCACCAUUACCUGGAAGACUACCCACGAACUCGACCCGUUCAAGCCGAUUGUCACCGACAAGAAGCCGAUGACGAUCGAAGUGGUGUCGCUCGACUGGAAAUGGCUGUUCAUCUACCGGAACAAGGCAUUGCGACCGUUAAUGAGCUGGCUUUCCCGAAAGAUGUUCCAGUCGAAUUCAAGAUCACCUCUAACUCGGUAA